UUCCGUUCAGUGUGUUCGCAACCUUCAUACGUUUCAGAUCAACUCUAAAAUUUGAUUCCGAUUCAACCUUUUUUAAUAGUACCAAAACAAAAAUUCGGUGUUUUUUUCCAAAUCUAAAUUCCAGUAUUUAACAACAUACUUUCCACAAAUCUCCAAAUUAUUCCGUUUUUCACAUUUUCUAAAACUAAACCAUUUCUGGCUGGCCGAGAUGACGUCUACCCUAAACGAAAAAGCCCUGGACCAGCACUUUGCGGCACAGACGCGUAUGCUGGCCCAAUUGCUUGGGGAUCAGAUUACCAAGAACGAGCACAUGCUCACGCAGAAAUGGCUGCGCCACUUCAAAAGGGCCUGCAAGAACGACAAGUACGCUCGCAACUGCCUGAUGUUGUUGAUGUACGGACAGCUGAAGGAUAUGGGACGUCUGAGCGAGCCAUUCCUAAACAUGGACAACAUGCAGUUAAGCAUGCAGAUGGUGCUGGCCGAGUAUGACGGCGAUUUGGCCGAGAAGAUGGCGUCGCGCGGUAAUGACCAAGCGGAUAGUGGCGUUGGUACACCAACAGUGGAUGGUGUCGAUGGUACACAAACGGACGUACAAGCCAACGCCGGCAAUACUGGAGGCGGUAUCACUUGGGCUUCUCCAAGCCGAACGGUCGUGCCCGACACGGAAGCCCCGUCUAUCCUACAAAGUGUGAGACAGGCAAACCAAGUGCUGCUGAAUCAGAUGAGGGCUGGACUGCCUUUCAGUUACCGAGCCGUCCCCAUGGGGCCCAGGCCGCAAUACAAUUUACAAAUGCAGCAACCGAACCACACGCACCAACCAAGCACCAUCCAACCAUCACACCAACAAAACCAUAUAAUCCAGAAUAACCAACCGAACCAGCAGCAUCAGCAGCAUCAGCAAUACCAGCUGGCACCGCACCAAAACCGAGCAAAAAUCGAGCAGUACCAGCAGCACCCGCAAAACCAUCCGAGCGAGCAGCAGCCACACCACCCGCAGAACCACUUGAGCGAGCAGCCCCAGCACCACCCGCAGAACCACCCAAUCGAGCAGCACCAGCAGCUCCAGCACCACCCGCAAAACCAUCCGAUCGAGCAGCACAUGCACCACCCGCAAAACCAUCCCAGCGAACAGCACCUGCACCACCCGCAAAACCAUCCGAUCGAGCAGCACCCGCAGCUCCCGCACCACCCGCAAAAUCAUCCGAUCGAGAAGCACCCGCAAAACCAUCCGAUCGAGCAGCACCCGCAACACCAGCAGGUCCAGCCGCCCCAUCAGGUCCAGAACAACCUGGUCGAAGAUGUCUGGAACCUUUCACUGCAAGCCAUUGGACGUCUGGAACAGUGGAGAGGAAGCGAGGAUAAGCUAGGCUUUUUUUCACUCUGCCUACGCCCAUUGACCGCGCAAGACCCGGAAAUCCGAAGGAAUAUUCCGGAGCUAGAUCGCAGAUUGGGUAUGGUAGUCAACCAAAUGAUUGACAAUGCUGGGGAAUCGUUUAAGACUGAAGAAAAUGCCAUUUUGAAAGAGCGAGCCAACCAAACUAGAAGACGACAGGAGUUGGAACAGUUUAGCGCGGAGCUUGAUCGUCGGGAGCACGAGUUGCGUCGUCAUGAGGCCGCUAUCCUACAGAAUGAGGUCGGGCGAUCCCAGAAUCUGAACCACGGGCGAGCUCAGUAUCCGACCGGAGACGAGCGACAAACACGUUUUGCUGAGGAGCGCGGUCACCCACGUCAUCCGGGCAAUUACCCUAUGCAUAAUGCUUUACCAGGUGUCCAGUGCACACAUUUCCAGACCAACGACCUGAGUGGAGGCGCCACUUCGGUUCCCUUGGAAGGUACAGCCAUAAACUAUAACUGUCCCCGAUGCGAUAUUGGGGGAUCGGCAACGACUUUCAACAGCGUUGAGUUUCUCCAACGCGAUCAAGGAGUCGAGCCUCAAGAUAUGCCGUCGGUAUGCGACGAGUCCCAACUCAAACACCAGUGGUGACGUGACGAACCCACGAGCGAGUCGAGCAGCCCGAAGAAGUCCUGUUGGAUGGCGGAGCCACUCUAGCAUCUACUCUGCCCACUAGUAGCAUGGCGAGCACACAUUAGAAUAAAUAAACAAUUCCUUAAACGCCC